GAUACGUACCGCUUCCCCAUUCCCAGCACUUUGCGGCCUGCGGCCUGCGACUGACUGACUGACUGAAUCUUUUCUCUCCAGACAGACCUGCAGUUCACCUCGACCUCACCUUAUUCCGAGACCAUCUUGGGACGCAUCCUGUUCUACUCCGUACCUUAAUCGGCUUACACCAAAGUAGGUACAGAUACUCUGCACUAGAUAUGCUCAAGACAGCACACAGAUGGUACACUCGGUCUCUGAGCCAGCAGUGCUGACAACGUCCCAAAACUUGCCAUGUAUUCGAACCUCCAGGCGCACCAUCUACAUGAGGUGGCUCCCUACCUCACCUCGGAAGCCCCUGGACCAAAAGAGAAAGAGUCCGGUGUGGAUACAAGUCGAAGAAGCGGAAACACGGAAACAAGGAAAUGGAAGAAGACGAAGAAGAAGAAGAAGAAGAGAGCCACGCCUCACACGGCAGAAGCGCUGUCAGGUGGAUAAGCCCUGUCUGCCUCGAC